GUCAGGUUAUAAAGGUUAAGUUUACGUUGUUGGAGGAUUUCAAAUGGAUCCAAAGGUGACUAGCACUCAGUCAGAUAUUUUCCGCGACACUCCUGUUAGACUACUGGGAUACGCAAACGAAUUGGGAGAAGCUUUUCGUUCGGUUGUGAACGUAAAGUGGGUUUGGCUGAGCUAUGGAAUUGCAACAGCAUAUGUAUUUGCUGACACUGGAUACAAAACAAUUGCCAUUAGAAAUCAAACCUUCCCCUCAGAGAAAGAAAGGAACAUGAGAUCUUUAAAAGAAGGAGUUGAUGUUCUCACUUGGCAAACACUUGCUUCUGUCAUUAUACCAGGAUUUACUAUAAACAGGAUAUGUGCCACAGCCAAUUAUUUUUUCUCAAGAUCUGAAAUUAAGAGGCAUGCUAAAUGGCUAACUGUUGCUGUUGGUCUUACUUCUAUCCCCUUCAUCAUCAAACCUAUUGACGAAUUAGUUGAUUACUUGAUGGAUACAACAGUUAGACCCAUGUUGGAAAUUGAAAGUCCUCAGAAACAUGACAAAUUGAGCCCUAAAGGAACAAUAUAAAAUUAACAUUGAGUACAAUAAAGGUAUUUGUGAAACAAGGAGUGGUAAAAUUAAUUGUAAUAUUUUAUUGGGGCAAGUGAAAAAUGUACCUACCAUCCUAGUAUUAAAAUAAUUUUAAUAUUUGAUUUUGGAAGUGUUCAAAGGGUUGACAAUUUCUUCAAUUUUUGAUAAAAGUUUGCUUCUAUAAUGAGUAGCUUCAGAUAAUAUUUGGACCCAGUGCAAAUCUAGUGAUAAAAUGACCACCAUUCCUUCUCAUUUAUUGACCUAUCGUUUAUCUUAUUUCAGUAUUGAGCAUGUAUUUUAAUUGCAUGUAGAUGACAAAAUUGCUUAAAGCAAAUAUGAUGGACAAUAGCCCAUUUUAGUUGAAGAUUAUUAAUCUUAACAAACUAAUUAGUCCUAGUUUAAAAUAACGAUGUAGUGCAUUAAUAGAGUGAGAAAUAAAGUUUGUAUCUACGUAGGUCUUAGUCCUAGAUGCAAUACAUUUAUAACUAUUUUAAAGAUUAGAAUGGUAUAUAGCUUUAUUGAAAAACCGAAAAGACAGUAUAUAAAGUUACAAAAUUUGGUAGUUAUUGACUAAGCUUUCUAAUGAUUGAAGAUAGUUGAAAAGUUUGUUUUGUUUGAUUAACAUAUAGGAAUUCAACCUAUUCCAGCCAGCAUGAAAAGGUCGAAAUUGGAUUUGAACCAGUGCAUCUUCUAACUGAGGAUAAUCAAAAUACUUUAAUGCACUCGCCAAUUACAGCCUUACGGUUGAAAAGUAUUAUUCUUUUAGGAUUAAAAAUGACUCCGUGUUCAACUUUUGGUGCCUUAUGUCAUGUUUCAAGACAUAUUAACAACUGCCAUAUUUAUUACAAUCAUUUUUUAAAAUUAAGCCAUUGCUGAUUAAAGAUUAUUUAUCUUCCUAUAUUUUAAUCUUUAGAUGUAUGUUAUACAAGACAACAGGGUUAUUGCAGCUGUUAAUGAUAUCAUAGAUC